AAUAUCUUUAGUAUGAAUCAUCUUCAUUUUUCAUCCAUGUUUUUCGGAUUUACUAUAUUGCAUGAUGAGCGCAUCCAAUGAUUCAUCGAGAUGGUGCUCCGGGGACAGGCUUUGUGCUGCAUUUCUACCAUUCAUGGCCAUAGCUGAUUUCAUAUUGUGUGGCGUCUCUGGAUGCUUAGAUUUCCAGCCCGCAAAUCGUUCUAUUACUAAGAAGCUUCGUUUAGAUCAUCAUCAGCUUUCUCGCCUUGCUUCAGAAUCUAAUUUUAAUGUCAAAGAAAUUGAGGCGCUUUUCGAGCUGUUUAAGAGCUUAAGUUCCUCCAUCAUUGACGAUGGAUUGAUACACAAGGAAGAGCUCAGAUUAGCACUAUUCAAUACCCCUCAGGCCGAGAAUUUAUUUUUGGACCGGGUUUUUGAUCUUUUUGAUGAAAAGAAAAAUGGUGUAAUUGAAUUUGAAGAAUUUGUCCAUUCUCUUAGUAUCUUUCACCCCAAUGCUCCUGUAGAAGAUAAAAUAAACUUUGCUUUUAGGCUGUAUGAUCCGAGACAGACUGGGUAUAUAGAGCGAGAAGAAGUGAAACAGAUGCUGAUAGCAAUGUUAACAGAAUCUGAGAUGAACUUAUCAGAUGAUCUUCUUGAGGUUAUUAUUGACAAAGCAUUUGUUGAUGCAGAUGCUGAUGGAGAUGGUAAAAUCUGUAAAGAAGAAUGGAAAGAGUUCGUGCUCCGUUACCCUAACCUUUUGAAGAACAUGACUCUUCCUUACCUUGUGUAUGGACAUCACCACAACAUUUCCUAGUUUUGUUUUCCACACAUCGAAUGAGAAUCCAAGUUGAGAACUUUUCACUUAUUUCCGCAUAGUGAAAAUCGGCUAUCACGAGAGCUCAAGAAAAACUACAGUAUGAUCAGAGGCGUAGCUUAGCAUGAAGUGAAGUGAUGGGUGCACCCGCCUCCCCAAUGUUUCGGUUAAAAGUGUAAAAUUUCCUAUUUUUCGUCCGAAAACUUUAAAAUUAUAUAGGAUCAUCCCCCAAUUAUUUUACCUAAAUAUUUAUACAAUAUACAAUAUAUAAAUCAGUUCCAUUACUUUUUGCCCCCUCGGAAAAAAAAAUCAAGCUCAGCCAAUGAGUAUGAUUAAAGUUACAACAGGCAAGUUUAGAAGCUUCUUGACUCCUCGUUAAACCUUUUGGAACUAGCAUACUUACGUAAAUAAAAUAAGUUUUUUUAUAGCUAAAUUACCUAAAAUAUAUAGUUUCCAAAAUGGCUUGUAAAUAUAGUUUUUGAAAGGCUUAUGGGACGGAUGACGCAUCUUUCAAGUUUCAAGGUUGAUUUUGUUCAGAAGUCCUAACUGUUGCGCGCUUGACAAACAGACGGAUAUAGUUUUUCGCUGUAACAUGUAAAUGUAAGUUGUUUAGAAAUUAGAAUGUAAUAUGUAUA